AUGGCGGUCAAGCACAACAACGUUAUCCCCAACAUCCACUUCCGCAAGUAUUGGCAGAAGCACAUAAAGACCUGGUUCGACCAGUCUGCUCGGAAGCAUCGCCGUCGUCUUACUCGCCAGUCUAAGGCAGCGGCUGCCUAUCCGAGGCCUUCUGCUGGACUUUUGAGACCAGUUGUCCGUCCUCCUACUCAAAGAUACAACUACAAGCUCCGUCUCGGUCGUGGCUUCACCGUGGAGGAGCUGGCCGCCGCUGGUAUUUCUGUCAAGCUCGCACCCACUAUUGGCAUCAAGGUCGACAAGCGUCGUCACAAUAAGUCUAAUGAGUCUCUUGCGUGCAAUGUUGAUCGCUUGAACCAGUACAAGGCUAGGCUUGCUGUCUUCCCUAGAGGCUCGAAGGUGAAGAAGGGUGAUACUGCUCGUGCUGAGCUAGUUAAUGGUACUCAAAACACCUGCAAG